AUGUUCGCGCGGCGACUAUCGCCUCUCCGGCGCAGUGCCGGUGCCGGUGCCGCCGCCAACGGCCGCAGCUGGGCCGCUGGGCGGCCGCGUGCGAUCGCCAGCGGCGUGAUACCGGGCGUGCCGAAGAAGCUCGAGGACAUCGUCAAGCUCGACCUACUGGAGAAGGCGGACGCGAGCCAGGUGCUGCACGUCUGGGCGACGCACCACGCUGAGAAGGCCGAGCUGGCUGGCGCGGCUGCCGAGGCGGCCGAGUACGAGACGCUGGUCCAGCGCGGCGCCGAGUCGCCCUCCUUUGUGUGGCCCGUGCGGCGGGACGGCGGCCACAUGAUGCUGUACUCGCAGUACGCGCCGGCGCACCAGAUGUUUGUGUACACCUUCCUCGAGGACUACCGCCGCUCGCCGGAGCUCUCGCCGCCGUGGAUGAGCGUGCUGCUCUUCGACGAUCUGCUCGACACCAAGGGCGUCGCGCUGCUGCGAGCCGAGGCACUCGCACUCACACAUGCACCCCACCCCUCCACAGGCGCACCUGGCCUUACGCCGUGGGGCGCGUAG